AAUCGUUAAGACAUUUCAGUGUCAGGGACGAAAAGAUUAUUGAUAAUGAUAAGCUCUGAGAAAAAAACGUAAUUUCAUUUGUUUUAAUCGCUUAUCAAAUACCAUCCUUAUCAGAAACAGAUAUAGUUGAUUACGAUUAAAAUUUGUCAAGUUGACUGCUUUGAGAAGUCGUUUUCUGCUUAAACUGGUCUAUGUACCUAGCAUGGCGAAGUAUGAAGCUUGGAAGGGGAAGUUUAACAUCUUACUAGUUUUUUUUGGUUUAGCUUUUUCAAAUGGAGAGUCUAAAAUAAAAAUUUUUGGAAUGAUGCCUGUAGAUUCCAAAAUUAAUGACGAAGGACAUCAAACUAUUUUUACCAAGAAAUAUUUUUCUAUGAUGGAAAAUAUUGACAAUCAACUGAGGUUAUUUGGAGCUGGUAUCACAAAUAAAACAGUAGUUAGCUUUGCUAAGAAAAAUACGGAUUUUACUGCAAGGUUUUCUGAUCCAUGUCAAGAUGAUCGUGUUACAAAAGCUUUCCGUGUUGAACCUGAUUCCAUCAGCAAUUAUUCUGCAAUAGUAACUUUGAACUUGCCUUUUAUUAAUAAUGAUGAGAACUAUCUUAUUUGCACUCGGGAUGAUAAUAAGAGUAUGAUGUGGAUUUAUCAAGAUUCUUAUGAGUGGAUGAAGUUCAAAAUGCAUAAGAAACCCACGACUAUCUUACCAACUUGGCUUCAAAUUCUUUUUAUAAUGUGUUUGCUUACUAUGUCUGGCUUGUUCUCUGGUUUAAAUUUGGGCCUCAUGUCAUUAGAUAUGACAGAAUUAGAUAUUAUAGCUAGAUGUGGUGAUGAGAAAGAGAAAAAAUAUGCAAAGCGUAUCCAUCCAGUUCGAAAGAGAGGAAACUAUUUGCUUUGUACUAUUCUAUUAGGCAAUGUUCUAGUGAAUAAUACUCUGACCAUUCUUUUAAGUGAUUUAACAGGCUCAGGAGUUGUGGCAGUUUUAUCAUCGACAGCAGGUAUUGUUGUAUUUGGUGAAAUCGUUCCUCAAGCUAUUUGUUCAAGACACGGUUUGGCUAUUGGAGCGCAUACAAUAUGGUUUACUUAUUUUUUCAUGGGUGUAACAGCAAUAGCUUCCUAUCCAAUUUCGAAAAUUUUGGAUGCUGUAUUAGGAGAAGAGAUUGGUAAUUUUUAUUCAAGGGAUAGGUUAAAAGAGCUAUUGAAUGUCACACAAAAACAAAUUGGCAUGCAAUACGACGAAAUGAAGAUAAUCGAAGGAGCUUUGGCUUUAACUCAAAUCACAAUUCGAGAUGUAAUGACUCCUCUAGAUGAUGUAUACAUGAUUGACAUAAAUCGAAAGCUAGAUUUUGAAACACUUUCAGAGAUUAACCAAAGCGGAUAUUCUAGAAUACCAGUGUAUGAAGGAGACAGGACUAAUAUAUCAUAUUUUCUAUAUUACAAAGAUUUAACAAUGUUAGACACGGAGAAGAAUUUAACUAUAAGACAAGUGUGCGAAUUUUAUAAUAGGAAAGCUGUUUACGAUUUCGAUGAUACAAAACUUGAUCACAUUCUGAAUAGAUUUAAGUCGGGUGAGACCCACAUGGUCGUAGUUCAAUCUGCUAUUAACUACGCGGAUAAAGAUCCAGAUUAUGUUCCUAUCGGUAUAGUCACAUUGGAGGAUGUUAUUGAGGAAAUAUUACAGACUGAAAUUGUUGACGAAACAGAUAGAUAUACUGAUAAUCGAGAGAAAAAACCGCGAAAGAGGCAUUUGAAAGAUUUAUCUUACUUUAGGCAAAAGCCUUCCGCAAACUCUCUUACAAUUUCGCCUCAGUUGGCAGUUGCCGUUUAUCAAUAUCUAUCCACAGCUGUGGAAUCUUUUAAGUCGGAGUACAUUUCUGAAGGAGUCUUGAAGCAAUUAAUUCAAAAACCCUCAAAUUGUUGCAGAUUUAAAUUAGGAUCAGAAACCAAAUAUGACGCACCAUCGGACAAUGAGGCUGCCGGGACAGAAGCAAAAAAUCUUCUCUAUCAACGUGGUAAGCCUGGAGAUUUCUUUAUUCUUAUACUUCAGGGCAAAGUGGAAAUCGUUAUUGGAAAGGAAGAAAUGGUAUUUCAAGGUGGCAGUUUUCAUUGCUUUGGUUUACCAGCUUUAACAGAUGAAGUUACCGAUCAAUCGGUUUCAGGAAAACCUAAUGACUCCGCUGCUGUUGGGAGAGCAACUAUGCAGCGUCUCUCUCAGAAGGAAGCUCAUUACAAGCCUGACUAUACAGUAAGGGCUGUUACAGACUUAGAAUAUUUAAGAAUUGAUAGAGAAAUGUACAAAAAUGCUUUACAAUCAACUAUUCUCGAGAGACAAGUGUCGAAAAAAUCUGUGUCAAAAGAUUGUGGAUUAAACGAAACAGUACCUGAAGAUAAGCAGAGUCCUGGUAUCACAAGUAGUCUUAUAGAGUUAAAUAAGGAAAAUAAGGAAAAUAGCACUUUGAUAAGUAAAACUGGGUCUUUGAACGAUAUUCGAGUCGAAAUGUCUCCUCUUCUCAAAGGAGAAGCUGAGGAAUUGAAUACAACUAAAACUAGUUCAAAUAUAUAA